AUGUUAUUCCAAUUCCUACUUGCAACCUGCCUGGUAAUUCAGGCAUGCUGGGCGACACCAUUGACCCCACGUAUAACUGGUGGAAAUGAUGCAACACCUGGCCAAUUCCCAUACCAAGUAUCUGUCCAAUGGGGUAUCCCACCUUUCGUUCAGUAUAGACAUGUUUGUGGUGGAUCUCUCAUUACUGACAAUUAUGUAUUGACCGCUGGACAUUGUGUAUUGAAGAUUGGUAAAUUGAAGGUUGCAGUUGGUAAACAUUAUCUUGCUACUGUUGAAAAUACUGAACAAGAUGUCGAAGUUAGUCAGACGAUUGUUCACUCAGGAUACAAAGGAGGUGUUGCACAACACGAUAUCGCUUUGUUGAAACUUAAAACACCAUUGACUCUCAACAAAAGAGUAGCACCACUUGAACUUCCUGUUCAAGAUCAAGUACAAACCGGAUAUGUUGUUCUUAGUGGAUGGGGUUCAGUAUCCAGAUCCAUUUUACCAGUACUUCCAAAGGUUCUUCAAACAGCAACAUUACCUUUGUUAGAAAACGAUGAAUGUUUGGCUCAACUACAAUCAGUCAAAUCAAUUGGAAAGAAACCACAACUUUUCCCAACUCAAGUUUGCACUGGUGCUGGUGAAAAAUCCAAUCUUUCUGCUUGUUCUGGUGACUCUGGUGGCCCAUUGGUUCAAUACAUCGAUUCAAAACCUGUCCAAGUUGGUAUCGUUUCAUGGGGUAUACUUCCAUGUGGUCAUGGAAUGCCAUCAGUUUACACACGCGUUGCAUCUUACGCCGACUGGAUUAACAAACACGUGAAAGAAAAUCUAGAUGCAGAUCAAACAAUCAACAUGAUGAAACUCAUUGUCUUCGUAGCACUUUUUGUCGCGGUUUAUGCCGAGAAACCUUAUCUAGGUUUCAACUUGCCAUUAUUUGAACCCCGUAUCACUGGUGGAUCAAACGCUAAUCAAAAUGAAUUUCCUUAUCAAGUAUCCUUGCAAUGGGGUUUAACUUCAUCUAAGCUUAAACACUUUUGUGGUGGAUCUAUCUUAAACGAAAGGUGGAUUUUAACUGCUGGACAUUGUGUUUUGGCUGUACCAAGUAUCGGAUCAUUUGUAGUUAAAGCUGGAAAACAUAAUAUUGCAAAUACCGAAAGUGGUGAACAACAAAGGCUUGUAAUUAAACAAAUUGUACAUGAAAACUAUCGUGGUGGAGUUAAUCCAUACGACAUUGCUCUGUUGAAAUUGAAUGCACCAUUGAAUCUGAACAGUAUAGUAUCCCCAAUAAAAUUACCAAAAUCUGGAUCAAUCCCAUCAGGUAAUAGCAUUCUCAGUGGUUGGGGAUCAGUAUCAACUUCUUCGAUUGCCCAAAUGCCGGACAUUUUGCAAAAAGCUACUCUUCCAUUGAUCGAUAUCAAUACCUGUCGUCAAGCUUUGAAUAAUGUUGUUGGUACAACACCAAUUCAUGAGACUAAUGUAUGCACUGGACCUUUGACCGGUGGAUAUUCAGCUUGCAGCGGUGAUUCUGGUGGUCCUCUUGCAAUUAAGAGCGGAUCUAAUUCUGAAAUAAUUGGUGUUGUUUCUUGGGGUAUUAUACCAUGUGGUACUCGUGGUGCACCAUCGGUUUAUACCAGAGUAUCAGCAUUCAACAGUUGGAUUGAAAAUAAAAUUAAUAAAAUUCCCCAACGAUCACUGAUGUUAGCCCAAAGACCAAUAAGAAUAGUUGGUGGAAAGGAUUCAGAAAAAGGAUUAUAUCCAUGGCAAUUGUCAAUUCAUUGGGGUGACCCAUUACGUAAAUUACCACCAAGACAUAUAUGUGGUGGAAGUUUGUUAACAGCAGGCUGGGUAUUGACAGCUGGACAUUGUAAAACUUUGGCACCGAAAAGAGGAGAAUUUCUUAUAUUAGCUGGUAAACAUAAAUUAGGUGUUUUAGAAGAUACCGAACAAAGUAGAAAAGUUAUUGAAACAUUUGUCUAUCCUUUAUACAACGGAUCCGUAGCACCGUACGAUAUAGCAUUGAUGAAGUUAGAAUCACCAUUUGAAUUAAAUCCAUUCGUAUCUACAGUUUUAUUACCAUAUCCAGAAACCAUUCCUGAAGGAGAAGCCAUAAUUACUGGAUGGGGUAGCAUAAGUAGAACUAAAUUACCCAAAAAUCCAGAAAUUCUUCAAUCAGCCAUGUUACCUAUUUUAGAUUAUGAUUUGUGUAAACGUACCUUGGAUAAAAGUUUACGUCACGAGGGUAGAAAUCCAUUACAUUCUACGAAUAUUUGUACGGGACCAUUGGAUGGUAGUUUAUCUGCUUGCAAGGGAGAUUCAGGUGGACCAUUGGUAUCGUUAAACGCAUUUGGUCAAGCAGAAAUAAUUGGAAUAGUUUCAUGGGGUCUAUUUCCAUGUGGUGGUAAAAAUGCACCAUCAGUUUACACCAGAGUAUCCUCAUACAUCACAUGGAUCACUUGGUUAAUGUUAAAUCAUUAAAAAAU